AUGAAUCCAAUGGGUGGUAUGGGUGGCCAUGCGGAGGCACCACGGAGGGCCCAUCUUUACGUUGGGAACCUUAGUCCAAGAGUCACCGAGUACAUGCUCACAGAGAUCUUUGCCGUUGCCGGUGCAGUCCAACACGUCAAAAUCAUCCCUGACCGCAACUACCAGCAUGGUGGUCUCAACUACGGUUUCGUCGAGUACAUCGACAUGCGCGCAGCUGAAACUGCUCUCCAAACUCUUAAUGGACGCAAGAUCUUUGACACUGAGAUUCGCGUCAACUGGGCUUAUCAAGGCCAGCAAAACAAGGAGGACACUACCGGUCACUAUCACGUUUUCGUCGGUGACCUCAGUCCAGAAGUCAACGAUGAGGUCCUCGGCAAGGCUUUCAACGCGUUCUGCACAAUGUCUGACGCUCGCGUGAUGUGGGACAUGAAUUCGGGAAAAUCACGCGGUUAUGGGUUCCUCGCCUUCAGGGAUAAGACUGACGCAGAGCAGGCCAUCGCGACUAUGAAUGGCGAAUGGCUUGGCUCACGUGCUAUCCGCGUCAACUGGGCAAAUCAGAAGACUCAGGGAGGGCUGCCUGCUCCUCCACGCCCCGGAGGCAGCGUCGGUACCGCACCUGCCCCCAUCAACUUCCAGGGUGGGCCCCUCUCUUAUGAAUCCGUCGUCCAGCAGACUCCUUCGUAUAACUCCACCGUUUACGUUGGAAAUCUCGUCCCGUACUGCACCCAAGCAGAUCUCAUUCCACUGUUCCAGUCCAUUGGGUACCUCUCGGAGAUUCGCAUGCAGGCAGAUCGCGGAUUUGCGUUCGUGAAGCUCGAUACGCACGAGCAUGCUGCCAUGGCUAUCGUACAACUGCAAGGACAGAUGGUCCACGGCCGUCCCAUCAAGUGCAGUUGGGGCAAAGACCGGGCUGACGGGACUCCUGCGCAGCCCGGAGCGCCGCUUAGCCCGACGACUCCAGCGGCUCCCUAUGGAAACAUGCCCAUGUAUGGGAUACCUCAGCCUAAUACUUACGGCCAGUACGGGUUUGGUGGAUACGGUGGUUUCCCUAACCAAGGCGGUGCUGGUGGGUCGCCGACGCCUGGCAUGCCUCAGGCUAGUCCUGGUGCCGUCGGUUCUGGUCUUGGCAGUGCAGGAGCGGGUGGUGUGGAUCCUUCUGCUGUUGGUGCUGGUGCUGGUGCUGCCGGUGCUCAAUGGCCCACUGGAGAUGCUGCUGCUAGUUACUAUGCUAAUUACUGGGGUGGAUAUUACGGCCAGCAAGGCCAAGGCGCCGAAGGCCAGGGUGCUUAA